CCGGCCAUCUAUCGGGAGAAUUAUUAGAAAAAAGUGGGGUCGGUCGAUGUGACUAGUGAGAUUCUGAGACAUGCAGUUUUCGCAGGAAAUUGUACCAUACCAAUAAAUCAAAACAGCAACGACAGACAAGUGUUGAAUUGAAAAUGUUUCUAGUUGGUAUCACAGGGGGUAUUGCCAGUGGAAAAUCUACAACUGCAAAUAUUUUCAAGCAUAACCAGAUUCCAGUAAUUGAUGCAGAUGUCUUUGCACGUCUUAUUGUACAACCUGGACAGCAGGCUUGGAAGGAAAUUUAUGAUGCUUUUGGAAAUGAAGUUUUUUUUGAGGAUGGUCAGUUAAACAGAGAGGCACUGGGCAAAAUUAUUUUUUCUGAUAUCAACAGAAGAAAGGUUCUAAACAAAAUCACUCACCCUAAAAUCCAGAGAUUGAUGUUUUGGGAUGUUCUGAAAUAUUUCAAAAAUGGUCACAAAUUUGUUGCGCUUGACAUACCACUUCUGUUUGAAACUGGGACAUUACUGCCAUUUCUUCAUAAGAUCAUAACAGUAUCUUGUGACCAAAAAAUCCAGAUGGAAAGAUUAAUGAAAAGGAAUGGUUAUAAUGAAGAAGAGGCUAAGCAAAGAAUUGUCUCACAGAUGCCACUUUCCGAAAAAUGCUAUAGAUCACAUUUUGUGAUCGACAAUUCGGCCACUACUGACGAGACUAGAAAGCAAGUGGAAAAAAUUGUGUCUCACCUUCAGGCUUCUAAGCAUCACAUUCAAGUUCGAAUUUAUUUGGGAAUCUGCUUAACCAUAUUUUGUGGUCUAUGUGGCCUAUUUUCUUUCUUGGGGUACAAACUGUUCACCUACAGAUCAUAGUAUAUUGUAGAACAAAUUGAAUUAAAACUCUAUAACAAUAUUUACUGAAAAGCUAUUUCUUAAUGCGUUCCAUUUCUGUAUUGCUAGCGAUUUCCAUAAAAAAGGGGAAAAAUAUACAGCAAGUUCAGAAUUUUAA